UGUCAGACAAUGAAAUAAUUUUAAAAGUUAUAGAAAUGUGAAACUUUUGAGUAGUAUUAUAGUUUAUAUGUUUUAACCUAACUCAAUCUUAAACUGAUCUCAAAAGUAAGAGUUAGGUUUAGGUCUUAUAUCAUUUAAGUUGAGACUCAUAACACACACCUAGGUUCAGUAUUAUUAGAUUUGAGUAUUUGAAUAUAAGUGGUGGAUACUUUAUAACAAAAAUUUAAUAAGAGGUGAUGCAGCGGUUUAAGGAUAGACUUUAAUAGCAUUUUAAAUUUAUUGCAAAUUAAUUUUCAGGAUCCAACUAAACUAAAAGUCAAAUAUUUGCAAAAUAUCUCUAAAUUGUGAUUAUUCCACGGUAUAAAAACUCUAGAGAAUAUACACAUAUAUGAAUUAAAUCCUACUUAAUAUUAACAAUAAGAUUCUCCUUUAAAAAGAAUUAGUAACUUCCACUAGGGGACUCACAUUCCGGGGAAGGUCGUUUCUGAGUUGCUUUUGCAUAUAUAUACAUAUUAUAAUCAAAGAACCUUUUUCAGCCUCUCCACCAUGGAAUCUGUUUUACUCAAAUCCAUGUUAGUCCAGAACCAUACAUUACAGCAGCAAUUUCCUUUUGUAUCCAUGGAUUUGUCAUGGUUGACAGAGUUUCUUAAAGGCAUGGUGAAACCAGUUUGCGCCACCGCAGUAGUGUUUCUUGCAGUAGCCUUGUCCUUCUCUCAGAAACUCGGUCUCGAAGUGGAGAUGAUUGUUGCUGUUCUUAGAGCUUUUCUUCAACUCUCAAUAAUUGGCUUUGUUCUGCAAUUCAUUUUCAAUCAAGAAAACUCUGGAUGGAUCCUCCUAGCAUACCUUUUCAUGGUAUCUAUUGCCGGUUAUACAGCGGGUCAGCGCGCAAAACAAGUACCUCGAGGAAAAUAUGUUGCAGGAGCUUCAAUUUUAACCGGAACUGCCAUAACCAUGUUUGUUCUAGUAGCACUUAGCGUCUUCCCUUUCACUCCCAGAUAUAUAAUACCCGUCGCCGGGAUGAUGGUUGGAAAUUCCAUGACAGUAACCGGAGUUACCAUGAAAAGACUCCGCGACGACAUCAAAGCACAAAUCAAUUUGGUUGAGACGGCAUUGGCUCUUGGUGCAACCCCAAGACAAGCAACCCAUCAACAAGUGAAAAGGGCGUUGAUUAUAGCACUUUCUCCAGUGGUGGAUAACACAAAAACAGUGGGUUUGAUAUCUCUUCCAGGGGCUAUGACUGGUCUUAUAAUGGGAGGGGCUUCACCGUUGGAAGCCAUUCAGUUACAGAUUGUGGUGAUGAAUAUGAUGAUUGGAGCUGCAACUAUUAGUAGUAUAAUGGCUACAUACUUAUGUUGGCCAGCAUUUUUCACCAAGGCCUAUCAAUUGGAAACCAAAGUAUUUUCAACUUGAUUUUGUUGAUUCAGAAAUUAAUUCAACCCAGCUUGAUUUUCAACCAUCAAACAAAUCUCAAUGCCAGAGAUGCAGCCAAAGUUUCCAUGUAUAUUUUUGAAGUUGUAAAAUUUUGAUUUUAUGUGUAUAACAAUUGGGUGAUUAUUAUAUAACAGAUGUGAUUUUAUUGGUCAUAUCUUAGAGGUCAA